CAUUGAAUACUUAUUCGUUCUUUUUCUCAUUUAUGUAAUUCUGAUUCUAAAUUAGAAAGAUACGGUUAGAAAUAGAUGUGGAUUCAGUCGCGAAGUCGCGUGGCCGCCGCCUAAAGCCACGUUCCACACAUUAGUACUACUGCUAUUAUAUUUAGAUCCGGAGAAACAAAAAAGUAAAGAAAAGAAAGAAAAAAAAAGUGUUGGGAUUUUCGUCAAUGGCGACAUUCAGCGAAGCACCGGCCGGCGACGCCAAAUCUGGCGAGAAGAUCUUCAAAACUAAGUGCGCUCAGUGCCACACUGCCGAGAAAGGCGCCGGCCACAAACAAGGUCCUAAUUUGAACGGGCUCUUUGGGAGACAAUCUGGCACCACCCCUGGCUAUUCUUACUCUGCUGCUAACAAGAACAUGGCCGUCACCUGGGGAGAGAACACUCUUUAUGACUACUUGCUCAAUCCCAAGAAGUACAUUCCUGGAACUAAGAUGGUUUUCCCGGGGCUGAAGAAACCUCAAGAGCGUGCAGAUCUGGUUGCAUAUCUCAAGGAGGCUACUGCUUGACUACUCUGACAUAUAUGAUUAUCGUUUUUUGAUAGCUAAGAGAUUCAUCACUUUUUCAUCCUGAUUCGGGAUUUUUUUUGAGGAAAGUAGUUAGAUAGUAAUUCGGUAAUAAGAGCAUAAGGCUAAACAGUUUGUUGCCCAUGAAUCGCAGGGGUUGGUUGGUUUCUUUAUGUUAUUUAUCUCUC